CUCGAUGUUUUCCUACCGCAUUGAAUUGCCGUGCCAAGUCGACAAAAUCGGUUUGCUCCGGUCACCACUGGUGUCGCUGUAGGUCCAGGUCCUGCGAUUUCACUAAUCGAGCGUUCUCGAACGUCAAAACUCGGUACAAACGCCAUCAACUCGCAUGUCCGUUAUUGUUCGACACAUGUAGCUUGGAAAUAUUUUUAUAAAUUUGAAACAUCCACGUUCAACUGUACAUUAUAACAUAAACGCGAGUGCCGUAUUUUUUCUUCAACACGUACUUCACACAGUCAGGUUUAUUAUUUGAGUUUCAAUUGUUAUUAUCGUCAUUGACAUCCUCGUACGUCGUGCGUAAUAUUCGCGUUUUUAUUCCCGUCUCGACAGAACCAUGGCGCCCAACGUCAUCCGGUCCAAUCAGAUGCUGAUAUUAAAUUCGGCCAUGUGUUAUGUGGAACAGCGACAGGCGAUCUCGGAUGACGAAUACGAGUCGACAUCGCCGCGAUCGCCGCCGGCCAAAAGGACGUACGUGAAAAACAUAUCGCCGGAAGAGAAGAUAUUGCGCAAAAAAUUACGCAACAGAGAAGCAGCACAGUUAUCAAGAGACAAAAAGAAAGCACAAUUCAAUCUUCUAUCUGGAAUGGUCCAUAAUUUGAGAAAAGAGAAUUUACAUUUAAGAGAAGAAAUAGAAUCAUUACGAUCUAACCAAGAGAAGUUAAUGGCUGAGAAUGAAAGAUUACAAGAACAACUUGCUACAGACUCAUUUGUACCAAAAGAGUCAGUGUCCACAGAAUCGUAUACAACAGAAGCAAAUAACAGAAUUUUGAUUGAUGGACCUGAAGUGUCCCAUAGACACCCUCUGCAGAAGGGCAAACAGAAUCAAAUAUCCUGUUUGAUGCUAUGUUGUCAGAUCCUGUUCCUAUUACUGACAGUUCCAUUCUUCAUGGUCUCAAACUUUCAGAUGACGACAACAUGGAUUGGUUUGAUAGUAAUGUAUCAGAACGUUUAUCAAAAAUCGCUGAUGAACUACUUAGCGAAAGUUUUCUCAACGAAUAUUGUCUUGAUGAAGUGGUGGGGAGCACAUCAGAAAUCAUGGAACCCAGCCAAAAUAUUGAUUUUCACCAUAUAGACAUUAAGAAUGAUAAUUCACUUUUCAUGCUAAAUCCAGAUACAGAAACAUCCAAGAUUUCUAAUGAAAAAACACAAAUCCCAACAUUAG